AUGGGGAAGGACCAGGAACUGCUGGAAGCCGCUCGCACUGGGAAUGUGGCUCUGGUGGAGAAACUCCUCUCUGGGAGGAAAGGAGGGAUCCUGGGCAGUGGAUCUGGAGCUAUUCCCUUAUCCAGCUUAUUGAGCAUCUGGCGAGGACCAAACAUAAACUGCACUGACAGUUCAGGUUAUACUGCUUUACAUCAUGCAGCUUUAAAUGGACACAAGGAUAUAGUUCUCAAAUUACUUCAGUAUGAAGCAUCAACUAAUGUAGCAGAUAAUAAAGGUUACUUUCCUAUUCACUUGGCUGCUUGGAGAGGAGAUGUAGAUAUUGUGAAGAUUCUCAUCCAUCAUGGACCAUCACACUCCAGAGUGAAUGAACAGAACAAUGAAAAUGAAACAGCACUGCAUUGUGCAGCUCAGUACGGUCAUUCAGAAGUUGUUGCUGUUCUGCUAGAAGAGCUGACAGACCCCACAAUAAGAAACAACAAACUGGAAACACCUCUGGAUCUGGCAGCACUUUAUGGACGUCUGCGUGUUGUAAAAAUGAUCAUCAAAGCAUAUCCAAACCUGAUGAACUGUAAUACAAGAAAACACACCCCUUUGCAUCUUGCUGCUCGUAAUGGCCACAAAGCUGUCGUACAGGUGCUUCUGGAGGCUGGAAUGGAUGUCAGCUGCCAAACAGAAAAAGGGAGUGCCCUGCAUGAAGCAGCCCUAUUUGGAAAGGUGGAGGUAGUACGCAUUUUGCUUGAAACAGGAAUUGAUACCAACAUAAAGGACAGUUUGGGUAGAACAGUUUUGGAUAUACUUAAAGAACAUCCAUCUCAGCAGUCUCUCCAAAUUGCAGCUCUACUUCAAGAAUACAUGGAAACAGGAAAUGCAAGUAUUUCAGAGGAACGCCCACUGGAAUGUGCAGAACAUCAGUCCUGUGUUUUGUCCCCAGAAGUUCCUCCAUCUCCAAAGGCUAAAAGUGAAGCUGUGACUGGAGAAUUAUCAAAGCUCUUAGAUGAAAUCAAAUUGUGCCAAGAAAAGGAAUACUCUUUUGAAGAUCUGUCUCAUACACUAUCAGACCAUUAUCUGGAAAAUUUUAGUAAAGUAUCAGAGGAAGAUCUUAUGACCAGUGGAAGCCAAACCAAGCUUAAUGUAAGGCCUUCUUCAAUGCGUUUAUCACCAAGGGAGGAAGAAGAUGAUGAUGCAGCUGAAAAUACUUGUGGACCUUCUGGCUUAUGGGAGGCACUGACACCUUGUAAUGGAUGCAGGAACCUCGGGUUUCCCAUGCUUGCACAGGAAUCUUAUUCAAAGAAGAGAGGUUAUGCAUUGGAAGCAAUACCCUCUGUACCUCUGGAUGCUGUUCCUUCAGAAAAUAACAGCAGUCUUUGUGAUUCGAUAGACAUAGCAGUCACCAAAAAGCCUUGUUCUCUAGAGAUAGCAAGAGUUCCUUCCUCAAGACCAGAUAAUGCACCCCAGGUAGCAAUUACCGCACCAGGAUCUGGUAACCAUAGAAACAGCUCUACAGGCCCAACACCUGACUGCUCUCCUCCAUCACCAGACACUGCACUUAAAAACAUAGUGAAAGUCAUACGUCCUCAGCCAAAGCAACGUACAUCCAUAGUAUCUUCUCUGGAAUUUCACCGAAUGAAUCACAGCCACAAUUAUUUUGAAAUCAACCCAUCCAUUGGCUGUGCAAGUUUUAUUUCUACUCCUGCAAUCAGUCCAGCUAAUUAUUCCUUUGGAUCUUUGGAAUACAGUCUUGAAGAGAAAGAACUUCCAGAGCAAUGUAGCCAGGGUGAAGCAUCCACUGAAAGUGAGCUUCCUGAAGGACACCCCGCUGAGCAGUUUGCAGGUUUACUUCAUGGAUCAUCACCUGCAUGUGACCCACCUGAAAAUCCUCUCCAGCUGUACAGCAAAGUAAACUUGUGCAGCGGGCCACUGGAGAAAAGCAUUUUGAGCAAGAGCGCAGCGCAGCAGAUACAGCUACGGAAAGAAAGCAGCUCUGAUCCUCCUGUUAAGAAAAAAAAGCCACCAAUUGUAAACAGAACCAUAUUUCAUACUAAAAAUAAACCAGCAGAAAAUCAUACCCUGGUUGGUGCGCCAAGGAUAAGUGAACAAUGGGUUAUUACCACUGGGGGAUUUGUGGAGCGAGCGUGCACGCUGGGCAGAAUACGAUCCUUACCAAAGACCUUGCUGGAAAUGCACUUGUGCAAAAAUGUUUCAAAGUCAGAUUCUAAUCUUAUCACCCAUCCACCAAAUGAUAAAAAAGCGAGAAGCAAUUGGAGUGAACCCACACCAAAGCCACAGUGCUCCAAAGGGAAUUCGGAGAGAACACCUUCCUUCACAUCAGAAUGGGAAGAAAUUGAUAAAAUCAUGAGUUCAAUAGAUGCUGGAAUUAAUACUGGACUGGGUGAGAUGAAAGAUCACGCUACAAGACCCCGAUGCCCUGUCCAGACAGUGGGACAAUGGUUGGAAAAUAUUGGGCUACCUCAGUAUGAAAACCACUUGCUGGCUAAUGGAUUUGACAAUGUGCAAUUCAUGGGAAGCAACGUGAUGGAGGACCAGGAUCUCUUGGAAAUAGGAAUCCUUAACUCUGGGCACAGACAGAGAAUACUCCAAGCAAUCCAGCUUCUCCCAAAGAUGAAGCAGAUCGGUCACGAUGGUUACAACCCCUCCUCUGUAGCUGAAUGGCUGGAUUCCAUUGAACUGGGUGACUAUACCAAAUCCUUUCUAAUUAAUGGCUAUACAUCGAUGGACCUUGUGAAAAAAAUAUGGGAGAUUGAAUUAAUUAAUGUCUUAAAAAUUAGCUUGAUUGGCCACCGGAAGCGUGUUCUGGCAUCUCUGGGAGACAGACUUCACGAAGAUCCUCCUCAGAAACCACCUCGGUCAAUAACCCUCAGGGAACCCAGUGGUAACCACACUCCUCCUCAGUUGUCUCCAUCACUUAGCCAAAGCACUUUCACUACUGGUGGCUCCCUGGACGUUCCCCACAUUAUCAUGCAGGGCGAUGCAAGGAGAAGAAGAAAUGAAAACUAUUUUGAUGAUAUUCCCCGCUCAAAGCUGGAGCGGCAGAUGGCACAGACAGGAGACUGGGGAGAGCCUUCAAUUACCUUGAGACCUCCAAAUGAAGCCACAGCAUCAACGCCUGUACAAUAUUGGCAACAUCAUCCAGAGAAACUCAUCUUCCAGUCAUGCGAUUAUAAAGCAUUUUAUUUAGGUUCUAUGCUGGUAAAAGAGUUGAGAGGCACAGAGUCAACACAGGAUGCAUGUGCAAAGAUGAGGGUAAACAAACAGAAGUCUACAGAACAGAUGAAGAAAGUACCAACCAUUGUCCUGUCCGUUUCUUACAAGGGAGUCAAAUUUAUUGAUGCCACAAAUAAGAAUAUUAUUGCUGAACAUGAAAUCCGCAACAUUUCCUGUGCUGCACAAGACCCCGAAGACCUUUCUACAUUUGCAUACAUCACUAAAGACUUGAAGACGAAUCACCACUACUGCCACGUAUUCACUGCAUUUGAUGUGAAUUUAGCUUACGAAAUCAUUCUUACACUAGGACAAGCAUUUGAGGUGGCCUAUCAGCUUGCACUACAAGCACGAAAAGGGGGUCAUUCUUCAACCCUCCCUGAAAGCUUUGAAAACAAACCCUCUAAACCUAUUCCCAAACCACGUGUUAGUAUUCGGAAGUCAGUGCAGAUAGAUCCAUCCGAACAAAAGACUCUUGCGAAUCUACCCUGGAUUGUUGAACCUGGACAAGAGGCCAAAAGAGGCAUUAAUACCAAGUAUGAAACUACAAUUUUCUGA